AAACUUGCACACCACGGACUUGGUUCAAAACAUGAAGAUCAUCUUCCUGCUUUCAAUACUUACAUCUUCCAUCAUCGCGAAAACCUCAAAAUGUCACAGCUGUUUCAUGGGAGUGUGUUACCAACGGACGAAAAUCUUCGGCGGCACAGAAGCGACAUCUACAGGCGAUACUUACCAAAUAACUGGACAACUUGCUGUUGAUAGAAAUAAGGAAAAAAACAUACUAUAUUUCCACUAUGUUAAGAAUAAUAUAGACUACACAGGAGCAUAUGAUUUAAACAAUGAUAUGGCAUAUACGAUUGCUAAUAUUUCUUUUUCGUUUGCCCGCGCCGUGGCUCCUAACGGAGAUGUGUAUAUGUCUGGACCUAAAGGUAUUUACAAAUAUAAUGCAGCUGCAAAUACUACAGUUUUACACGGACUUAAAGAUUCUACGAUUUGGCAUAUGCAGUAUAAAGAUAAGUUAUACUACAACAUUCAUUCUGAACCGGGCUUGAAUGUUUUAGAGAAAAAAGCAUCACCUAUUUUAAGUUUAAAGACUUUUAUGAUAGAAGAUUUUGUGAUAGAUAAAUAUGGUGAUAUAUAUUUUUUGGCGAACAUGACUAUACAUCGUUUGAAACAUGAUUCUAAAGAAGUUGAAGAUUUAGUUGAUCAAAUAUAUAUUUUAACUACAGAUAGGAAUGGUAACGUAUAUUUCGCGCACACUGCGACUUCGGGCAUUUAUAAGAUAGAUUAUUCUAUAGAUAGAAUAGUAAGUGUUGGAGCAUUUGGGGGUAACGGUGGAACACCUUUGAAAUUCGUGUUCGACAAUUUAAAUAAUGUUGUAUAUCUUGAUGAAGAUCAGGCGUUGUAUUUUCUACGGCCGACGUAUAGAGGGUGUAAAGUAUCGUCGAAUGUGACUGGUAAAAGAAGAAUGCUGAGUGUUUAUGCUACUGAUGUGUGGGUAGCCUCUUAGGACCUUAAAGUCACAAUAUCUGAUAAAAGUGAUAAAGCAGUUGUACAUAUUUUUUUAAUAAAUUAUUCCAUUAUUUA